AUGGCGUGGCAGCCAGAACAGGAGGCUUUGAGGCAAUUGUCAGGAUGCUUGAAAGACUCGUUAAGUGGGCAGGACAAGACUGCUCAGAAGCAAGCAGAGAUUAUGCUAUCUCAAGCAAAGUCUUCGCCAGAUAUCAAUAAUUACCUGACCUACCUAUUUUCGCAUUCGGAGGUUCCUUCGGGCCUAAGUUAUACUUCACAUGAUUACUUUGCGAUUCGAUCGGCAGCAGCUGUUAUGCUGAAGAAUAAUAUUAGAUCUGGGUACAAAUCAAUACCUCCUGAGAGUCUAUCUCUUAUACAAUCCUCGGUUCCAUUAGCCCUCCAAGACAAAAUCCCAACCAUACGAAACUACGCAGGAAAUGUUAUUACAGAAAUCGUUAGUAAGGGAGGUAUUUUGGGAUGGCCACAGAUUUUACCAGAUUUACUGGCUUUGAUUGGGAAUACCAGUGGAACAAUUUCACCCGAAGCACAGGAGGGAGCCAUGGCAGCUUUGUCGAAGAUCUGUGAAGAUAAUCGAAAAAUGCUAGACAAGGAAUACCAAGGACAGCGACCGCUUGCCUUCAUCAUUCCAAAACUCAUUGUGUUCGCUGCGAAUGAGAGGCCACGAAUUCGAACUUUGGCUUUGACCGCUUUGAAUAUCUUCAUUCCACACAAACCUCAAGCCUUACUUGUAUCUUUGGAUGAUCUUCUUAACCGCCUGUUUCAACUCGCCAGUGAUCCCUCAAAUGAAGUUAGGCGACAGGUCUGCAGAGCCUUUGUUCAGAUUGUGGAGAUUCGACCUGAUAAGAUUCUUCCUCACAUCGGCGGAUUGGUUGAUUAUAUGAUAGCACAGCAACGAAAAGUUGAUGACGAGGAUUUGGCAUGCGACGCUGCCGAAUUUUGGCUUAGUGUCGGGGAGCACAACGAGUUAUACACUGCAUUGGGUCCAUACCUUGACAAAAUUAUACCUGUGCUACUUGAGAGUAUGAUAUAUAGUGAGGAAGACAUUGCCAUGCUUGAAGGGGGAGGCGAUGAUGCCGAUGUCGAGGAUCGCGCCGAGGAUAUCAAACCCAAGUUCGCCAAAACUAAAGCUGCUAGAAUGCAAGCGGUAAAUGGGGACAACAAUGGAGCAGCGAAUGGUGUCGAUUACGCCAAACUCGCAGGCAUGGAAGAUGAUGAUGACCUUGAUGAAGGGGAAAUCGAGGACGAUGACGACGAGGCCCCUGAAGACAGGUGGAAUUUGAGAAAGUGUUCAGCUGCGGCACUUGACGUUUUUGCAAACGAUUUCCGCGGGCCAGUUUUCAACACAAUUCUUCCAUAUUUGAUGACCAACCUACGACAUCAGGAAUGGCCACACCGAGAAGCAGCGGUUCUCGCUCUCGGUGCCGUUGCUGAAGGCUGUAUGGACGUUGUUAGGCCACAUCUUCCCGAACUGGUACCCUACCUGAUCUCACUCUUGAAUGAUGCCGAACCCUUGGUAAGGCAAAUCACCUGCUGGACUCUCGGUAGAUACUCGGCUUGGGGGGCUGGGCUGGAAGACCCGAACCAGCGAGCACAGUAUUUUGAGCCUAUGAUGGAAGGCAUUCUGACAAAGAUGUUGGACCGCAACAAGAGGGUUCAAGAAGCUGGGGCUUCAGCAUUCGCGCAUCUCGAAGAGAAAGCAGGUACCAACCUCACGCCUUAUUGCAAGCCAAUCAUUCAACAAUUUGUCACGUGUUUUGAGAAAUACAAGGAUCGUAACAUGUUCAUUCUGUACGACUGCGUUCAAACACUAGCCGAGCACGUAGGUCAAGGUUUGGCGCAACCAGAACUCAUUGAUUUAUUGAUGCCAGCACUGAUUAACAGAUGGCACAAAGUUUCUGAUCAAUCACGAGAAUUGUUCCCACUCUUAGAAUGCUUGUCGUACGUUGCUACUGCUUUGGAAGAUAGCUUCGCCCCAUUUGCCGCCCCCGUUUUCACGAGAUGUGUGACAAUCAUUCAUCAAAACCUGGAAGAAUUCAUGGCAGCGGCCAAUAAUCCAGGGUUAGAUACUCCGGACAAGGAUUUCAUGGUAACUAGUUUGGAUUUAUUGAGCGCGAUUAUCCAAGCAGUUGACGAUAAGCAAUCUGCAGCUCUCGUAUCCGGUUCGCAGCCCCAACUUUUUCAACUUCUCGUAUAUUGCAUGGAGGAUCCAGAGAACGAUGUCCGCCAAUCAUCCUACGCAUUAUUAGGAGAUUGUGCAAAAUACGUGUUUCCACAACUACGAGAAUUCCUCCCCACGCUACUCCCUGUGCUCAUUAGUCAACUCGACCUUGAUUCAAUUGUUGAUGAACAGAUUGAGUCGACCUUUAGCGUACUCAACAAUGCAUGCUGGUCGGCAGGUGAGGUGGCAAUUCAAUACCAAAAGGACAUGGCCCCAUACGUGCCCAAAUUGUCUGAAAAAUUCCUCGAAAUACUGUCCAAUCCAAUGGUACCAAAGUCGAUGAACGAGAAUGCAGCUAUAGCUCUAGGACGAAUGGGCUUGUUCAACGCUGAGAUCCUGUCACCCCACCUGGCCACCUUUUCUCAACCAUUUCUCAAGGCUCUCGAAGAUGUUGAUCACACCCUGGAAAAGGCUACUGCUUUCAAGGGCUUCUUGUCGAUUGUCAUGUUAAACCCACAAGCCAUGGAGAAAACUUUGGCGCAAUUUGUCACUGCAAUUGCAAAAUACGGAAAGGACGUUGAACCUGGCAGUACUUGGAACGUCGAACUACAACAAGCAUUCCAACAAGUCCUCGAUGUUUAUAAGGCUCUAAUUCCGGAUUUCAAUGGCUUCCUCAACAGCAAUGUUGCUCCAGCAAAUAUCGCAGCUUUAAGAUCAACAUACAACCUGUAA